UAAUACUGUUCUAUUAUAAUUGUUAUAUUAAAAUAAAAAUAUUAACGAUACAUGAUAUAAAAAUAAAAUGCUCCUGUUUAAAUAGGUUUAAAAAUUCGCGGUAUAAAAUGAUCGUACAGUAUAACCUAUCACAUCGGAGAUUUGAUAGUAGAAAAACCAAUGUGAUGAUUAAAACAUAAAAUAUCUUGUGGAUAAGAUACAUUGAUAAAAACUAUUUAUAUCAAAUCAAAGAAAGUCGAUGAAGUAAAUUUUUCUUUUUUUUUCGAAUCGAUUCAGAACGAGUCUUUAAUAAAACGUAGAGGCAUCUGCUUAGAGUGAGAAACUUUUCUUCGAAUAUAAUAUCUAUUAAUAACAUUUUCUUGCCAUCCAGUGUACAUAAGUAAGUAUCCGAUUCAACACAGUUGUUCCUUGAUGUCUCAUACUGUACUUACGCAAUGCAUCAGUCCGAUUCGAACGAAUCGUGACAAGAAAUUAGAAGCAAAAAGAACGCCUCUAGUACGUCACUAUCACUAGCGCGGGAUUACUUAUACCGGCGUUCGAAAUUAUUAAAAUCGAUGAGUGAAAUUCUCGUGGAAAAAAUAAAUAAUAUAAAAAUUGUUGUUUCUCUCUCUCUCUCUCUCUCUCUUUCUCUUUGUAUUUUAUUAACAAAAUUCGGGAAUAAAGAUUUUAAAAAUCGUCACAUCUUCACGUUUUGGAGUUACCACAUCGCCUAUUUCAAUUUUCUUCGAAGUAUAUAAAAGAUCGUGUGACAGAGGUAAAAAAAAUGUCAAUCGAUUGUAUUUUCAAACACACCAAGGAAGAUGCUUUCAAGGAUUUCAUCUUUUUCGACGAGAAAACCAUACCAAUAGAAGAGGUAAAACCUGUCAUAUUACAACCAUUGAAGCCAACAUCUGCUAUCAUUAUAACAGGAUACAUUCCCGUUCAUGCAAUAAGAUUUGCAAUAAAUUUAAAUUGCAAAACGAACGGAAACAUAGCAUUGCAUUUUAAUCCAAGAAUAGAUAGAGGCUAUGUGGUAAGAAAUACUAAGAUCAAAGGUACAUGGGAAAUCGAGGAAACAUGUUCUCCAGUCGGUCCAUGUAAUUAUAUAUUUCGUCGAAAUUCUUAUAUUCAUUUGAUGAUAUUUUGCACGGAAGAUGCAUUUCAGAUAGCCGUCAAUGGAGAACAUUUCUGUGCAUUUACAUAUAGAUUUCCACUUAGCGAUAUUAAUCAUCUUCAAUGCGAAGGACAUAUAGAAGAUAUAAGAUUUAAUCAAUUAUAUCUUAACGUUUAUCCUGAUCCAAAGAUUUUGAAACCUUCACGUUCUUUAAGUUUGACAAUGGAUUGUCCUCUCGUAGAGUUUCUUGAAGUUCCGAUCAAUGUAAGAAUCGGCUGUGAAUUUAAACUCGGUACCAAUUUAUUUAUUAGAGGAAGAUUAAAAUUACUUCCUCAUUCAUUUUAUAUAAAUUUACAAAAAGGUGACACUAUUUAUCCUCACCCAAUAAUUGCCUUGCAUAUAAAUCCACGUUUCCUUUAUGGUAGUAGCGAGCCUUACGUUGUCAUGAAUUGUUGGGUCGAUGGUAGUUGGAGAAAUGAGGAAAGACACGAAGGUCAUUUGUCUUGGAUGCCGGGCCGUGAUUUUUUACUAACUAUACGUUGCGAGCAUGACAGCUUUUCAAUAUGGUUGGGAAACAAAAUAAUAAGCGAAUUUAAGCACAGAUUAAAACCAUCGAUCAUUAAUACUCUACGAAUAUCAGGCGAUGUUGUUCUUCAUCAUUUGGCGAUCGAUGAUGUCAAAAAAAAAUGAAAUAACGAAUGACUAUAUUAUAACGAUACUUCUUGGAUACCUUAAUUAUUAUUCAAAGAAGAAACAUGCGGACUAAUUUACUUGUCUUUGUUUCUUUUAUGAAACUUUUCGAAUGUUGUCAUUAAUAAUGUAAAGGAUUAUACAAUGUUUUCUGAUAAACGUAUGUACUUACUACGUAUCAUUCUUAGACAAUAUAUCGUUUUAAGUUGA